AUUAUUUAGAAGUGGAAUGCAACAAAAUAGAAGUAGUCAGGGCUUUCUUUGCUUCUCAUACACGAGAAUAGCUUUGGUCUUGUUAUUUCUAAUUGUAACACCAUUUUAAACUGUUUUAGAUAUUUUCAGAUCACACAUGUUAAGAGAGAUGAAAACUUGGUGGCCCACAAAUUAGCUAAUUUAGCUUUUACCCAACUAAACUUAAUAUGGCUGAAACAGAUACCUGCUGAAGUUUGUAAUUUGCUAAAUCAGAAGAAAUUGACCACAUCUUACGUACGAAAUCACCUGAGUGGGGACAGUGCACUUUAUGUACUUGAAAUUUACAAUUUAGAAACAAAAUAGAUAGAUGAGAAUGAGAACUAGGAAGGUGCCCAGAAAGUUUGAACUUCGAAGUCGUUAAUCAUACUCAUGUUCUUGACGGCAUGAUUGGGUAAAUGUGAAUAUGCGAUGCCAGCAUUCCCUUGUGGACGCGUUUGUACGUAGUCCCACAUAAAAAUCCGCGUCACUUGGUUCACAGUGUGAACUCCUCACAUCCUAAAAUAAAGACCUUUGGCCUUUUUCCCCUUUCCUCUCUUUUCAUUUGCUCUUUAUGCCACCAUUAUUCCUGUACUUUUACCUCUUACCUGUUACUUAUUCCCCAGAAUCAACAUUUCAGUCAGUGUGAUGUUCCUGAACAUGCUCACAAGAUUUCAUUAGGUCUAUUCUGUUUUCUAUAGAGUUUACCAAGGCUUCUUGAUUGAGACCUUGAACUAUAUAGUCUUAAGAGAAAUGUCAAAUUCUUUUUCUUUCAAAUUAAGAUUCCAAAAUUGAGCUCAUUUCAAAUUUCCUUGUAUGGGGGGUUAGAUUUUUUGUUUUCCCAAGGAUCCUCCAGCCCAACAGACUAAGGAAUGAUCAGCCAUCAACCUUUGAACUCCUGAUAUUUGUUUAAGCGAUUAAGUGAGCAAACCACUCGAUCAAUCCAAAUUGGUUUGUUAUUAGUUAUUACCUACCCAAUUGACACCUCUUUCUUCGAUUAUGCUCAGUUCAACAAGUUACCUUGGUUAAUUUUCAAAUUAAAAUGGCGAAUUAAGUGAUAUAUUUAUGAAGAAGGAAGCUGUAACAGGAAAAGGACAAAUCAUGCUGCUUGAUUCCAUAUGGUGCUGCUUCUCAUAAAUUUGGGUAUUCAAGAUGGCUCUAGUUCAUGAAUUUGUCUUCCUAGUCUUUUCUCAACUCACUCUUCGCUUAGUAGCCGAACCUUGUCCACCUUCACUUGAUUGUGGACAUCUUGGCAAAAUCAGAUUCCCUUUCACCAAAACAGGAUAUGAGCAAUGUGGCAUAUUGACAAUACACAAUUGUGAUUCUAAUUCCAAACCUAAACAGAUCCAACUACAGAACAAUGGGAAAUUCUUCCAAGUUAUGAAUGUAAAUAAGGAUCUGGAUGGCACGACUACCUCGAUGUACAUAAGAGACAACGAUCUCUACAAUCUUCUGGAAAGCAAAAGUUGUGAAGCCUUCAGCCACAAUUAUAGUCUUCCUUUCAGCUUUCAUUUUGCUCAUUUUCAUAUCAAACACAACACAACUCUACUGAAGUGCAACAAGCAUAUGGUCCAUGUAGAACUCCGGAAAGGAAUUUCUAAUUAUUCAGGGUGCUCUGCCGAUGAUUAUGAUCUAUAUUAUGGACCUUCCAUCAAUCAUAGUCCUAUGAGUUCUUCGACAGCAUGCAUACCAAUCAACCUUCCAAUCAAAGACUUCCCGGAUUCGCGAGAUCCAUUUACGUUUUUAACUGCUAAUUUAUUAACUGUGGUACAAUUGUCUGAUGAAUGCGUAAAUUGUCACUACCUUAGAAGAGGGCAGUGUCAACUUAACAGUGAAGGGAAAUUUAACUGUGCCAAUGAGAAAAAAAGAUUGAGCAAGGCUGGGAAAGUUGGCAUAGCAUUAGGUGUCAUACUCCCAAGCAUCUUAAUCAUUGGAUUGCUCCUUCUGUUCUUCAAACGAAGACGUAGUUUCUCACGUAAAUUCCAGACAAGAAACACUUAUGCUGAUCACUCCUCAAAUCCAGACGUAGAAGGCGGAAGCGUGUACUUUGGAAUUCCCCUUUUCUCCUACAAGGAGCUUGAAGAAGCAACAAGCCGCUUCGACCUUAAUAAACAAGUUGGAGAUGGAGGAUUCGGGACCGUCUACUAUGGGAAACUCCAUGACGGACGAGAAGUUGCCGUGAAACGCUUAUACGAGCACAACUACAGACGAGUUGAGCAGUUCAUGAACGAAGUGCAGAUCCUCACACGUUUGCGCCACAAGAAUCUUGUGUCCCUCUAUGGCUGCACAUCACGCACGAGCCGCGAACUACUGCUUGUAUAUGAAUAUAUUCCCAACGGAACUGUUGCUUCUCAUCUUCAUGGUGAAUCAGCAAAGCCUGGCUUACUACCUUGGUCCACAAGAAUGAAAAUUGCUGUAGAAACUGCUAGUGCUUUAGCUUAUCUCCAUGCUACUGACAUCAUUCACCGCGACGUAAAAACCAACAACAUUCUUCUUGAUUACAGUUAUUGCGUUAAAGUUGCAGACUUUGGCCUUUCAAGACUAUUCCCCAAUGAUGUUACACAUGUCUCCACGGCGCCACAAGGAACUCCGGGUUAUGUUGAUCCGGAGUAUUACCAAUGUUAUCAGCUUACGAGCAAGAGUGAUGUGUAUAGUUUUGGAGUCGUGCUGAUCGAGUUAAUAUCGUCUAAGCCGGCUGUUGAUAUGAACAGAGACAAGGAUGAGAUUAAUUUGUCGAAUCUCGCCAUAAAGAAGAUUCAAGAAGGUUCACUUGUUGAGCUUGUUGACCCUUGUCUGGGUUUUGAUUCGGACAAUGAGGUUAAGAGGAUGGUUGUUUCGGUUGCGGAAUUAGCUUUUCAGUGUUUGCAACGCGACAAGGAAUUGAGACCUUCAAUGGAGAAAGUGUUGGAGAUGCUGUUGAGAAUUGAGAGUGGGAAGCAUGAACCAGAGCAUUUAGAAGUAGUAGAUGCUGGUCAUGGUGUCAGUAAUGUAAAUUCUCAACAACCACAACCUUCAAUUUCACCAGAAUGGGAUCAAAUUGUGUUGUUGAAGAAUGUGAAGCCACCUUCUUCGCCAAUAACUGUUACUGAUAGCUGGGAAAGUGAAUCCACUACGCCUAAUGUUAGUGCUUAAUACAUUAAGCUAUUAGCAAUUGUUGGUAAUCCAUUCUUGCUUUCAGCACUUUUUUGUUGUUGGAAGUGACUGUAUCCUAACCCGAGCAUGAAUGAAUAUUAUAUAUAUUCUCAUCCACUUGUAUAGGAUAGAUGAUUGUAUUAUGCGGCAUACCACUAUCAAUGUCAUACAAAGAGUAUAGAGAACAUAAAU